GAGCUCCCGGUUGUGUAAGGAAUGGUUUGUGAAUAGAUAGGGAGUGGGCCGGGAGGCGGCGCGCGGCGUUACUCGCGGCAGAGGGCCGCCAUGUCGGGCGGGACGCGCGCUUGCCUGCUGCUGGCCGCGCUGCUCGCCGUGCUCUACUCAGGAUGGUGUUCAGAGGACGAAGAGCGCUUAGUGCGCGAUCUAUUCAGAGGAUACAACAAGCUCAUACGGCCGGUGCAAAACAUGACACAGAAGGUCGACGUGCGGUUUGGCCUAGCUUUCGUCCAGCUUAUCAACGUUAACGAGAAGAAUCAAAUUAUGAAAUCGAAUGUGUGGCUACGUUUAGUAUGGAUGGAUUAUCAGCUGAUGUGGGACGAGGCUGACUACGGAGGCAUCGGUGUGCUGCGACUACCCCCUGACAAAGUCUGGAAACCGGAUAUCGUGCUCUUCAACAACGCUGACGGCAACUACGAAGUGCGAUAUAAAUCUAACGUUCUCAUCUACCCUAAUGGCGAAGUACUUUGGGUACCCCCUGCCAUAUACCAGAGUUCAUGCACUAUCGAUGUAACAUACUUCCCAUUCGAUCAACAAACCUGCAUCAUGAAAUUCGGAUCUUGGACUUUCAACGGCGACCAAGUCUCUCUCGCCUUGUACAACAAUAAGAAUUUCGUGGAUCUGUCUGAUUACUGGAAAUCUGGAACAUGGGAUAUCAUAGAAGUGCCCGCGUACUUGAACAUUUACGAGGGAAACCAUCCUACUGAGACAGACAUUACGUUCUACAUUAUUAUAAGAAGGAAGACCUUGUUCUAUACUGUCAACUUGAUUCUGCCCACCGUGCUUAUCUCAUUCCUUUGUGUGUUGGUAUUCUAUCUGCCUGCUGAAGCUGGGGAAAAGGUCACACUGGGUAUCAGCAUUUUGCUGUCACUGGUUGUGUUCCUGCUCUUGGUAUCGAAAAUCCUUCCGCCGACCUCGCUCGUGCUGCCCCUCAUCGCCAAGUAUCUGCUGUUCACAUUCAUCAUGAAUACCGUCAGUAUCCUCGUCACGGUCAUCAUCAUCAACUGGAACUUCAGAGGACCUAGAACUCAUCGCAUGCCGCUUUGGAUUCGAAGUGUAUUCUUGCACUACCUGCCUGCCGCGUUGCUAAUGCGGCGUCCACGCAAAACCCGCCUACGUUGGAUGAUGGAGAUGCCCGGCAUGGGCGCACCACCGCACGCCGCAGCCCCGCACGACCUACCUAAGCACAUCAGUGCUAUCGGUGCAAACCAAAGCAAAAUGGAGGCGAUGGAGCUAUCUGACUUGCAUCAUCCUAACUGCAAGAUUAAUCGGGCUGCUGGAGGUGGUGGUGAAAUGGGCGCUUUGGGCGGUUUAGGCGCGCUCGGCGGGCUCGGCCUUGGCGGGGAGAGACGGGAGUCAGAGAGCUCUGACUCUCUUCUUCUGUCUCCUGAAGCCGCCAAAGCAACUGAAGCGGUCGAAUUCAUCGCAGAACAUUUAAGAAACGAAGAUCUUUACAUUCAGACGCGCGAGGAUUGGAAGUACGUCGCCAUGGUGAUCGAUAGAUUGCAGCUGUACAUCUUCUUCAUCGUGACCACUGCUGGAACUGUCGGCAUCUUGAUGGAUGCACCACACAUCUUUGAAUACGUUGACCAAGACCGUAUUAUCGAAAUAUACCGGGGGAAGUAAAAAAUGCGAACU